AUGGGGACAUCUAGAAUAAGUUUCACAACACUUAGUGCUUUUCUUAUACUAGCUGUUUUAUGGAAACCCGCAUACACCGAUAAAUGUUCGCUAGCAUGUCAAGGAUCGCCAUCAUCGCAAACAUUCUUAAAUGGACACACGUACAACUACGGCGUUGACGGAAUUGUAGCAAUAUAUGUGACUGGAGCUGAGAAGCAAAAAACUGAAGUGAAGCUCUUCGGUCAGGUCUCCGUGACAGCUUUAGGAAAUUGUGCUCUUGCGCUGAAGGUCAAUGUUUUGACCAUAGCCGGACCAGAUGGAAAGAAACACCCCAGCCCACCCGGCAUCGACAAAGUGGUGCGCUUCAGUCUUCAAGAUGGGCGCGUUGGACCUGAAAUCUGCGCAGAGGAAGGUGACACGAGGCGCUCUCUUAACAUCAAGAGAGCCAUCAUUUCCUUGCUCCAAACCGAACAGAAGCCUGCAACUCAGACGGACGUAUUUGGCACCUGUUUCACCGAGGUAUCUUCGUCUCAAGAAGGCAGUGCUACCCUGGUUCAUCGCAGCCGUGACCUCUCUCGCUGUGCUCACCGAGAACAGGGAAGAAAUGACUUCUUGACCGCCGUAUACAACCCUACAGCUGAAAUCAAGGACACACAGGUGCUCCAAUCAACUUUGAAUGUGGAAUCGAAGGUCAACAACGGUGUACCAGAGAAAGUGUCUGCUACGGAACAAUAUCUGUACAAACCUUUCUCUGUUGGAGAGAAUGGAGCUCGUGCUGCAGUCAACAACAGGCUUACUUUACUUGGAACCACACAAGGGGAAGCCCCCCAAGCUGACUGUUCUGAACGACGUACAAUCAUUUUCGAAAAUCCACAUGGAGCCGUUUCCGAAACAAGCAACUUAAAGAAUGCACUUGCUGUUCUCAAGGACACCGCCAAAUCUUUGAACGUGGAAGCUUCUACUAAAUCUGCAGGCAAAUUCGCUCAACUUGUCAGGGUUCUGCGUAGUACAAACAAGGAUGAUUUAAUGAAACUUUACUCUCAAGUUAAAGCCAAUAAUUUGGAAAAACGGGUUUUCUUGGAUGGUCUCCUCCGUGCUGGCACGGGUUACAGCAUUGAGGCGUCUAUACAGAUCCUCAAGGGUAAAGAAUUAUCUGAACUUGAAGAAAAACUUGUUUUCCUUUCUCUUGGAAACGCAAGACAUGUUAACGAUGAGGCUGUUAAAGCAGCUGCUACCAUUUUGGAUAGACCAAAUCUUCCCAAAGAAGUCUAUUUAGGCGUCGGAGCACUGGCAGGUGCUUACUGCAGAGAUCACGACUGUCAUACAACCAAAUCUGAAGGCAUUGUAGCGCUGAGUAAAAAGCUGGCUUCAAAAAUGCAAAACUGUAAGCCGAGGAAUAAGGUAGAGGAGGAUUAUGUUGUCGCUGUUAUGAAAGGUAUUGGAAAUAUCAAACAUCUAGAGAACAAUAUCAUCGACAAACUUGUACACUGCGCGGCAGACGACAGUGUUAAAGCAAGAGUGCGAGUUGCGGCACUUGAAGCAUUCCUUGCGGACCCCUGCUCCGCUAAGAUUAAGAACACAGCUUUGGAUUUGAUGAAGAAAAGGAAUUUGGACUCAGAAAUUCGCAUCAAAGCAUAUUUAGCUGUGAUAGCCUGUCCUUGUGGAAAGUCUGCCAAUGAAAUAAAGAAACUCUUAGAUUCAGAGCCGGUCCACCAAGUUGGCCGUUUCAUAACAACAUCAUUGCGUAGUAUUCGCUCCUCGUCGAACCCUGAUAAACGACUUGCUAAGCUCCAUUAUGGCCAAAUUGGAACACCAAACAAAUUUAAUAUCGACGACAGGAAAUAUUCUUUCUAUCGCGAAGCAUCAUUCAACGUUGAUGCACUGGGAGUUGGAGGAAACGUUGAACAGGCUGUAAUCUAUUCUCAGGACUCCUUUUUACCCCGCUCCGCUAGCCUUAAUUUAACAGCUGAAGUUUUUGGACACAAUCUAAACAUUCUCGAGAUCGGUGGUCGUCAAGGUAAUCUUGAUCGUGUGAUUGAACAUUUCCUCGGUCCUAAGAGCUUCCUUCGCACCCAAAAGCCACAAGAAAUAUAUGACCAACUAGUAGAAAGGAUGGAGAGGUCCAAGCAGAAGGUUGAAAAGGGCUUGGGGAGACGUCGUCGCUCGAUCAAAAAUGAAGUUGACAAUUUUGACAAGAAAAUCAAGACCGAAUCAGUACCCUAUAAUGACGAGCUAGACCUGGAUAUUUAUCUAAAGCUGUUUGGCACCGAUGCCGUAUUUCUGUCCCUAGGAGAUGAUAAAGGCUUUAAUUUUGAAAACUUAUUAGAUCAACUAAUAAGCAUACUUCACGAUGGUAUGAACAAGGUUAAAAAUUUCCAGAACGAAUUCCGCGGCCAUCUACUUUUUUUGGAUGCCGAACUAGUCUACUCGACUUCCACUGGUCUCACGCUUAAGCUCGAUCUCGUCGGUGCUGCUACUGGCCGCCUGGAUAUUGAACAAAUGUUGACAUCCGACAAUGCCUCUGAAACCCGGAAAAUGCAAAAGUUGACAUCAAACUGA